GUUGACCGGAGGACUUGGUCAUAUCUUUAGCUUUUUUCCUGCAGCUGGAGGCUUAAUUGAUCGGGCAGAUACAUACUUCACAUCAUGAGUGGACCGACAAAUGUUCAGUACCAGUCGGGCCUUUACGGAGGAAACAACAACAACAGCAGCUCGCCUCUCUCCAGCCGCGGAAAUUCACCCAUUGUGUGUGAUCGUUGUGGGGAGGUGUGUCGUGGGGAGGUGGUGCGCGUCAAAAACACACACUUCCAUGUUCUCUGCUUCACCUGCCAAGUCUGUGGCUGUGAUCUGGUGCACUCGGGCUUCUUCCACCACUCUGGCGAGUACAUCUGUACAGAGGACUACCAGCGGCUCUACGGGACCCAGUGUGACAGCUGUGACCAGUACAUCACCGCCGGGGAGGUGGUCUCUGCACUGGGGAGGACGUACCACCCACGCUGCUUCGUCUGCAGCAUCUGCAGGAGUCCGUUCCCAAUUGGAGACAGGGUGACCUUCUGCGGGAAGAAGUGUGUGUGUCAGCAGUGCUCACACACUCUGAAAAGUGACAAGCCCAUCAAGGUCCAUGGACCAAGCUACUGCUCGGGCUGCGGCGAGGAGAUCAAACAGGGCCAGUCUCUGCUGGCUCUGGAGCGCCAGUGGCACGUCAGUUGCUUUAAAUGCCGAACGUGCGGCUGUGCGCUCACUGGAGAGUACAUCAGCAAGGACGGGACUCCUUACUGUGAGACUGACUACCACUCUCAGUUUGGGAUCCGGUGUGACGGCUGUCGCGGCUACAUCAGCGGCAGAGUACUUGAGGCUGGAGGCAAGCGAUACCACCCCAGCUGUGCCAGGUGUGCCCGCUGUCACAUGAUGUUCAUGGAAGGAGAGGAAAUGUACCUCACAGGUUCAGAGGUUUGGCACCCCAUGUGUAAAGAAGCGGCUCGGCUGGCGAGAAAACUGAGGCUGAGACGCACUUCUGAGACGGCGUCCGUUUCCCCCCCGGGCUCCUCUCCUCUCCUCGGCUCCCCUCACCGGCUCAUCUGUUCUAAAGCUGAUGUUUUGGACUAUAAGCAGCUUGCAGCUCUGCCUAGGGUCAAAGCCAUAUAUGACAUCCAGAGGCCUGACAUCAUCCCUUAUCAGACCGACCAUGCACACACACACCUCUCAGAUGACACUCUGGAGCGAUACAGCUGCGGACAGUCAUUGGGCUCCAUAUCACCAUGCUCUCAUGAUCUCUUGGACGGUUUGGAGGGGAGAACGCGGCGUUCCUCCAGCUCUGCUUUCACUGAGUCCCCUGCACACAGUCGCCACGGAGGCUCCCCAAUGCAUUGUUAUCUCCCCGGCAAUGAGAGUGGCAGGAGUUCACCCUAUUACAGUCAGCCUGAGCCCAGGGGUACCACACCCACCACCACCACCUUCCAAGCCCCCAAGCAUUUCCAUGUACCAGCUUCUGAGGAAACCAACAUCUACAGGAAACCCCCCAUCUAUAAAAGAAAAGACAUGUCCGCCUCGACAACAGCCAAUAAGAGUAAGACCAAUGAGAACCUCCUCCAUUCCAGUGGCCUUUCCACCUCCAACUGUAACAGCAUGUACCACCCCGACUCCAACUAUUACCCGUAUACUGGCUCUCCUAAAGUCUCCAGAGUGAGGAGGUUUUCGUCCGGAGGAGAGGAAGAUGGAUGGAAUCACAACAUAAACAAGGGAAUUGGCAGGAUGAUCCUGAAGGAGGAGAUGAAAGCGCGGUCAGCUUGUCACGACAAUGACCAGUGGGGGAGCAGAUGCAGUUCCCGCUGUAGCAGCAGGGAGGCGCUGAACAAUCUGGGAUACGGCUCAAUCAACGGCUCUCCCAGGUCCGUCUGCAGUGCAGACAGCGACUCAUACAUUGCCAAGUCGUCCUCAUUGCCAGGCUACCGCAGGAAUGGACUAAACAGGCCUGGGAGCGCUGGUGCAGAUUAUUACCAGUAUGACAGCAGUAAUGCAGUGAACUGGCAGAUCAGAGAAUACAAGAUCUACCCAUAUGAAGCCAUAAUAGUGUCAGUCAGAGGGCAGCAGCGUCUACCGAGUGAUGUGGACCGAGCCAGACUGGAGCGCCACCUCUCGCCAGAGGAGUUCCACAGAGUCUUUGGCAUGUCCAUGUCCGCCUUUGAUCAUCUUGCUCAGUGGAAAAAGAACGAAAUGAAGAAACAGGUCCGACUCUUUUGAGAAAAGGAAGCCACCAGAACCUCUAACCCAAUGCAGGUCCAUUAGGGUGCUCUGAAAAAAAAGCUACAGGGGAAGAGGAACUGAAUGAAAUAAGUCUCUCCUCCUCUGAGGUGGCAGAAGCGGAACUGUCGGCCUUUUGAAACCAACUGGCCAUAAUGGCAACACAACUGCAAUGAGAUGGAAAAGAACUGGAAGCAGAGCAUGAAGACUUUGAGAGGCAGCGGAGGAGCCACUCUGGAGACAUGAACAGACUGGAAGACAGAAAGUGGGAGGAGUCGUUCUGCUUCUCACUCUCUUCCCAGCAGAUGGCAGUGUGCUAAGAGGAGCACCGGGAUGGAUCUGAUACAUGAUCAGGGGGACCGUAAGCUGAAUACUUCUUCCCAUACUGAGGGUCUGCCACGCCACACCGGAGACCGUUUAGGAAGAGAAUAGGCUGGAAGACAUCCUGACAUGUUAAUGUGCAAAUAAUGAAACCCAAAGGUUGUCUUCUUUUUUUAUACUGGCAUGUGUUUAUUUAGAUGUCAGUAUUUCUAAAGCCAUAUGAGUGUUUAAAGUUCUUGUUCAUGACCUCAGCAGACUGUACAGUUCACUAACUGUAGGGUUUAUUGUUAAAAUAAUGUCAUAGUAAUCAGGUUUUAGCACUAUACACGUUAAAAUAAGACAUCUUUGUUUAGCUUUUUUUAUUCACAGCAAUGAACGGUUUUGUUAAUUAACAACUUGCAGCUGCCCAGGAUUUUCCACUGAUGAAUAUUCAGACCAUCUGAAUGCAGAGAACACACAAUGCUCGAAGGAAGGAAAGGAAGAGGUGAAGGAAAAAAGGACUGAGCACCACGUAACAACGGAAGGAAUGUGAGGAGGUAAACGAAGAAAGAUAAAAAUGGUUGUCACAAAAGUCAAAUGUAAAAAGAUUUUGGUAAAAGUGUGUGUGUGUGUGUCUAUAGGUCCUCAACAAUUCAGUAUAGCACACAAAUAAAUGUGUUUGAUACUAACUUAUUUUUUAUUUAUUUAUUGGAGUAACAUCUAUAAUUUGCAAACCUGUAUCUGUAACUACAACUUCUGAAUAAAGGACUCAAGCAUCA